AACUAUAGAUAACAGCCUAUUGACUCAUGGUUCUUUUACAAGCACGCAUAUCAGUAAUAUAACAAUUGUAGAUAGAGAGAAAAAAUUACAUUCAAUUUUAUCAAAUUACAGGUGCUGAGCCUUAUAAAUUUUUUAGAACAUGUUGUCUUGGAAACUUGUAAACAAGCUGUGCAUAUCAAGCUUUCAGAAAAAUAUACCACUGUCUUUGGUUCUGCCAGAGCUUAUCAAGUUGGGAUGUAGGAAGAACUUGAUUCGUUCAUUGGUUACAACAUCUCGUAGAUUUCCAUUCAGCAAUGGGGACUUCAUGAGCAAUUUGAGAAAUUCAGAUCUAAGCCGAUUUCUUAUUGAGAUUGGUACAGAUCCAAAAGAAGCUCGAUAUUGGUUAAAAACAUUUAAAUCACACGCUGGAUCAUCUGACCUGUUUAUGGUGGUGACAGUGGAUAAUGGUGUCCUGGAAAACCAUUCUAUGCUUGAAAAAUUUGCUUCUAGUAUUUCCUUCUUAUACAGAAAUGGUAUAUCACCACUUUUAGUAUGUGGGGGUGAAGGAAAUCAGUCUACUUUUAUGGCAAGAAAAGAUUACUGCAUUAGGAAUGCUUUGAAGCUCAAUGACAUAUUAGAAUCUCAUGGGACUAAUGCAAGAGUUCUCUAUCCUGGCUGUGGUGUGGUUUCCGCAGAAAGGCCAGAGCAUGGGGGCUCUGGGACAGGACAUCUUUUGAAUGUUUCCUUAGAUAUCAUCAAGUCCAGCCUGGCAACUCAGCACCUACCUAUAGUUUUAAGCUAUGGGGAAACAACGCAAGGCCAGAUUUUUCCUAUCUCCUCCUGGGAACUAACAGCUCAAAUGUCAAGACUGCUCCAGCCCAAAAAAGUGAUGCUAAUCAAUUUAUGUGGUGGUUUCUUAGAUGAACAAGGAAAGGUUAUAGCAAAUAUAAAUCUUCCUACUGAUUUAGUUUCUACAGAGAAUAAAAUCUGGAAACCAACAGAAGAGCUUACAGAGACAAUGAUCAAUGUAAAUAAACUGUUAUGUGAGUUACCAACAGACAGCUCAGUGGUUAUAACAUCAGCAGACACAAUGCUAAGAGAGCUUUUCAGUCAUCAAGGAUCUGGAACUUUCUUUAGGUCCGCUGAAGCAAUCCAUCGUUACACGUCAUUGGACAAAAUAGAUCUGGACAGACUCAGGGCUUUACUUCACAAAUCAUUUCUCAAAGCACUUACUGAUACUUACUUUGAUGAGAUCUCCUCACAGAUUCAUGCUGUUUAUCUCUCAGAGUCGUACAGUGGUGUGGCCAUUAUAUUAAAGAGUCCUACUCAGGUACCUUACAUGUGUAAGUUUGCUGUCACCAACAAAGCCCAAGGCCAAGGCACUGGAGAAAUGCUUUGGGACCAUCUCCUCCGAUGUGAGCCACAUUUGUUUUGGAGAUCUAAGACUGACAACCCAAUAAACACUUGGUAUUUUAAAAAGUGUGAAGGUUCAUAUAAUAAUCACAUGUGGCUUGUCUUCUGGUAUGGUGUUUCUGACCCGAACUUAUCUGCUGGACUCAUCAAAGAUGCUCUGAGAAGAUCUGAGUCUUUUGUACCCAAUGGUUUUAUCCACAACAUUCCAAGUGAUGAUGAGGAAGAGAGAAUGGGAGGUUAAAGUUUCGAGUGAGGAAGAAUAAUUUAUUUAAAAAAAAAAAAGUGACAAAUAAUGUUGACACUAAUAAACAUUUACCAAAGAUGCAGACUUGGAAACUCAGUGGUGGGACUCUGUCUUGUAUAAUGAAACUAAAGUUUUAAUUCAAAGAUUUCAUUAUUACCAAGACUUAAAUGAAGUGGUACAACAGUUGGUGCCUUUAUAAGAAUUACUUGAUACUAAUGAAUUUGCAUUUAUAUUUAUAUUUUUUUUAAAGUUAAAUCAUUUUACAUAUAUGUGAGUAUAUACAUUUACACACACACAUAUAUAUAUAUAUAUACUCACAUAUGUGUAAAAUAAAUUUAUAAAAUGUUUGAAAGAUAAACAAAGGGCAAAUAUGUUAAAGGUUUAUAAUUUUUUUAACAAGGUAUUUCACUGCAUUUUUGAAACUAGUAAUUUUUCUAAUUAUUAAAAUGUAAUUAAAAUUAAGGCAAUAUACUGUUUUAAGUUAUAACUCUAGGCUUAUAUAUUUAUUUUUUAACCAUCAUUUUUGUCUAAAAUAUCUUUGCUGAAUGUAUACCUUGACUAAUAAUUUAAAGCUUACAUUUGUAUCACUUGGUUUUAUAUUUUGUUUACUGUUAGUUCAUAUAUUUUGUCAUCUAAAUGAAGUGUAUUUUUUGCUUAUUAUUUUAAAUGAGAUUAUUACCAUUUUUUGGAGGUUGUAAGUUAUGAGAACGUCAGUCAUUUUAUUUUGUUUUUAUUAAGUAAUGCUGACUGUUAUUGUUAAUUACAUGGUUUUCAAACAGUUUUAUGUUCCUUAUGGAACAAGUUGUAAAUACAGUUUUUGUUUGCUAACCCCAAAUGUUGAGAUAUCAAGUUGUCUGGUUAAGAGAGUUAUAAUGUAUAUGAUGGAAAUCAUAAUUCACAUGCAAUGAUGGUGUAACAGUCUAAUGCUCUUGAGGAUGUCCUUACGUUCUUCCUGCUGUAAUUGUCAAAAAACUGUUGUUUAGGACAUAAAAGGAAGUUGUUUACUGAGCAGGCCAUAAGCAACACUUAAUUAAACUAUUGGCUAUAGAAUGUGUUUCACUUUUCUGGUACAAGUCACAGAAAUUUUACAAUGCAAUAGCAAUCUAAGUGUUCAUUGUAUUAUUAAAUAUUUUCUAUACUUUUGUACAGUAUAACUAAGUUUUAUGAUAUUUGGCUAGUCAUGAUAAUACUGUAUGCAAUAGUGUGUAGUCUUACUGUAUGGGUAGGUACAAUAAAACAAUACUUAUCAGUUCCCAUUUCUAAAACAUAGUACUAUGAAUUUAAAUCACUUUGUGAAAAUUUAGAUUAAAUUAAAAAAAAACAAAAAUAAAGACUAAAGAAAAACCUAUUUGAAAGAAAACUAACUAAAAUCGCAGCAUUCAUUGUGAAAAAAAAAUAUAUUGAAAGUUUAUUCAUUUUUUUAUUUGACAUUCCUUUUUGUUGGAGGUCUACAUUUAUUGUAACUACAAUGAUGACAAUUUAGCAAAGCCAAUUUGUUUUUCCUGUUUGAUUUGUUGAAAUGAAUUUAUUUCAUGAAUUAAUUCAAUUUUAUGCCAGUUUUACAUUUGUAAUAUGAAUUUCUGUAUUUUUGAGCUGUUAGUUUAAAGCUUUCUAAAAAAAUCGAAAGCUAAAUUUACAAUUUAUAUUUCAAUAUUUUGAGAUUCCACUUGUCAUGUAAUCUCAGGAGAUCAUUAUAAAUAUGUAUAUAUAUUUUUAUUU